AUGCUUGUUGGAGAAGCCGUCGACGAAUAUGACAAUGGAAAAUAUGUAAUCAAAUUCCAGAAAAUAAUACCUGCUAAUGCCAGCGUAAAUGUUAAGAUUUAUUUUAAAGAAUUACCUCUGUUAGCUUUGUAUGAUCUCUUUCAAUUCAAUGUCUUAACAGUGACUAAUCAGAACACUAUUGAUUCUAGAAAAACUAGCGAAGGGAUAUCUAUAUCUACUUACCUUUUAGCUGCAUUUUUCUCUGGAUUAGAAUUUACCAAAUUAAUGGAGUUUACUUCUGAAUCGUACCUAUUUAAAUAUAACACUAAAACACUUCAAGAACUCAAGCAAGUAUUAAAUAAAGAAAGAGAACAAGAGUUUACUGCUAAUCUUUUAUACGAAUGGUCUCUUAUGUACCUCAAUUUAAUUAAAUUAAAUAUGGAUACAAGUGAAUGGAUUAUCGAUGGACUUGCUACUUAUUUAAAAUAUUAUGGAAUCUCAAAGUACGAACCAAUUUCAAAAAUCCAUCGAAGGUUUAUUGAAGAUCAUUUACAACCAGCUUUAGCUGCAGAUGCAUUAGAAUCAUUACAUCCUCUAAUAGUUACGCCAGGGAAUCUGAUCCCUGCCGAUAUUCCUCAAGAUAGUAAGAAGAUCUUUAAUUCUAAAAUGACCAGUCUUUUUCGAAUGUUAUCUUUGACUUUUGGACUACCUGUAUUAAACCAUGCAAUUCAAAAAUUUUAUGAAAAAGGAAAAAAAAGAGGCGUUACGUUAAAUGAUCUCUGCGAUUAUUUACAAAAUGAAGUUUUUUUCCUCGAAGACAUAGAUCUUCGUUUCAGUACCAGAAAAUUGAUAGCAGCCUGGACAGAACAAGCUGGAUAUCCUCUAUUGACUGUAAACGUAAAAAGUGAUGGUGUUUAUUUAAAACAGUCAAAAUUCUGCUGGCAAGAUACAGAUAUUAUUGACGAAUCAAGUGACUAUUUAUGGUGGAUACCAAUAACCUGGAUUACUAAAAAAACUUUAAAUUUGAAGUCAAUUGCCCCUGUAUAUUGGCUCAAUAGCACACAAGACAAGAUAAUGAUUCCGAAUGAAGUCAAAGAUGAUUGGAUUAUUUUUAACUCCGGUAAAACAGGGUAUUAUAGAGUUAAUUAUGACCGAAACUCGUGGAAACGUAUAAUGAAUACUCUAAAUAGUCAAUCGUUUAACGAUAUUCCGACAAUAGAUCGUAUGGCAAUUAUUGAUGAUGUAAUAAGUUUAGCUAAAACUGGCCAUGUUCCUAUAGACAUUUACCUGCAAGGGCUGGAAUAUAUUCAAGUCGAAAUAUUUUCCGGGCCAUUAAGAAUAGGACUGCAAGAAUUUAUAAAUCUUCACGAAUAUUAUUCUGAUAGCAUAAAUGCUGAAGAUAUUGACAAAUUUAUUUUUUAUCAACUAAAAUGGGCGUAUAAUUCUAUGGGACAAACAAUACAAAGUGAAAGUUAUAAUUAUUGUUCGUCUUUCAAUAAAAAUCUUAAGCGAUAUAAUCGUGUUGAUUUGGAUGAAUUAUCAUCUCUUAGUGCAGUCGAACGACAACCGUCCGAUUUAUUUUUAUUUUGUACCAAAGCUGUCUGGUCUCAGGAAGAUUGUCAACAUGAGCAGUUAUUAUUUUUAGACCUUAUAUCAUCAUUUUCUCAAAAACUUAUAACACCAACCACGAAUUUCGAUUACAUAAAAAAGCUUACUGACAUUGCAUCAGUUGGGUGCUCACAAAUUUCAGAAUUUUUGAGUAUAGUACAAAAAAACAAAGAUUUCGAGAAUACGUUUUAUUUAACAAAAUAUGAUUCAAUUGUUGAAUGGGUUAAAAAGAAAAAUAACGAAGUGAACACAUUUGGGUUUUACAAAUACUUGCUUCCAAAUAAUAUCCUCCCACAAAAGUAUAUAAUUGAAUUAACGCCUCAUUUGAUCCCGGGAAAUUUUUACUUCGAGGGAAAAGUUCAAAUAAUAGGACAUGUAUCGCAAAAAACAUCUGAAAUUUUACUUCAUUUCCAUAAUUUGAACUAUCAUUCAAUAAAUCUAGAAGUUGACGGUCGAGCUGCUGUUAUAUAUCAUAUAAUACAUCAUGAACAGUAUCAAUUUUUAGAGAUCCAGACAAGUGACACAUUAAGAGUGCCAUCUGAAAUAAAAAUUGAAAUACACUAUAGAGGAUCAAUAGGUCAAGAAAAGCGUGGCUUUUAUCAUGACUUUUACAUUAAUAAUGAUAAUCAAAUUAAAUGGUUCGCAGCCACUAAUUUAGAACGUGCAUCAGCCCGAAGACUUUUUCCUUGUUUUGAUGAACCAUUUUUCAAAUCUGUUUUCCAGUUACGUAUCAACAGGACAGCUGAUUUUAAAACAGUCAGCAAUGUAAAAUUACAAUCAGUUAUAGAAAAUAAUGGUCGAUACAUAGAUGUUUUUGAAGAUACCCCAGAAAUAUCAACACACCAAAUUGCUUUUAUUGUGUCUGAAUUUAAUUCUUCUGAUGAAGUAUCAAAAAAUUUUGAUUGGUUCAAGUUAAAUAAGUCUUUCGAAAUAAUAUACCCUAUAAUUCAAACAAAAAAUUUCUUCGAUAGUAUUGAGAAGCUAGUUAAUUCUCAAGAGCCCAAUAAUUAUACAUACCAUGAUAAUUUAGCACAAGUUAAAAAUCAAAUAGAAAAUUAUGGUCUUAUUGCUUAUUAUGGAAAGAAUGUCAUUACCAAUCCAAACGAUGUAUCUCUUUAUGAUAAAAUUACAUACAUCAUUGAUUGGAAUUACGAAAUGAUGUAUCGAUUUUUUAGAAAUUUUUUAACAAUGGAUUUUUGGAGAUGCGAAUGGUUUACCAGAGCAAUUUCUUACCACUUUUUAUCUGUUGGUUAUGAAAAUGAUAAAAGCGCUGAAGAUGAAGGCAGUGCCUUAUUCAUUGUUCAUCAUCUUCAACCUUCAAUGCUCAUUGAUGCUUCCUUAUCAAAUGAUAUUUUUAUCAAAGAAGAUUAUACGGCAGAGCAAAUAGAAAACGCAUAUAAUAAAUUUACUGACGACAAAGGUGUAAGUAUUUUGAGAAUGAUUGAAGACACAUCAGAUUAUUUAGAUACAACUCGUUUCUUUCAAAAGUUUGUCAGUAAUGCUGUAAACGAAAAAAAAUUGCCUUUAUUUUAUAAUCCUCAAUGGGGCAAUUGUCCAGGAUUAAAUCAAUUUUGUAAGAUAGUUGAAACAAGACCAUCUUUAAAUACACAAUAUUCAGGAUACUCAAAUUGUAUUUUAAAAAAUUGGAUCAGUCAAAAAGGAUUUCCAGUAGUUCAUGUUAAAAUUGAAAAUAAUACUGUAAAUCUUUCACAAACACCAUUUCGAAAUAAUCCUUCGGAAAUCAACUCGAGAUAUAUAUGGAACAUUCCUAUCACCUGGACUUCAAGUGCAAAUAAAGAUUUUUCUGCUACAAAGCGUUUUUUCUUUUUAAAGACACAAGAAGACAGUUUUCAAAUGGAUGAAACUAAUCAAAUUGAUCAGAACGGAUGGGUAAUUUUCAACCUUCAGCAAAUUGGUUACUAUCGUGUGAAUUAUGAUCUCAAAAUGUGGAAUCAAAUACGGAAAACUCUUUUGAGCCCAUCUUACACAGACAUUCACCAAAACAAUCGAGCUGCUAUAAUAGAUGAUUUGUUUAAUCUUGCAAAAGGUGGAUAUGUUGAUUAUGCCACAGCUUUAUCAAUGACUGAAUAUUUGAUUCAAGAAAAGAAUUAUGCUCCAUGGAAAGCAGCAUUAACAAACUUUGAAUUUUUAGACAGAAGACUUGUUGCUAAUGUCCAGACUCAUAGAUAUUUCAAGAUGUAUGUAAAAAACAUUAUUAAACUUGCUUAUGUAAAAUUGGGAUUUGAUGAAGAAAAUGAUGAAGGUUAUUCCAAAUCGCUAUUACGUAUUAAUAUUUUAGAGUGGGCAUGCAAAUAUAAGGAUAUAUCAUGCAUUACCAAGUGUAAAACGUUGUUUAAGACAUGGAUGGAUAAUUCAAAUAAUUUAAUUCCUGUCAAUAUUCGGAGUAUCGUUUACUGUACUGCUAUCAAUAAUGGAAAUGAAAUUGAAUGGAUGCAUCUUUAUAAUAAACAUUCAGUAACAAACAGUCGAAGUGAAAAAGAUAGAAUCAUAAAAGCUCUGGCAUGUACGGAAAAGCCUGAAUUUCUACGAAAAUUAUUAUUAUAUAGUAUUGCCGAAAAUUCAAAACUUCAAAUUCAAGAAAGUUUAAAUAUAUUUUCUGCUGUUUACUCCUCGAGUGUUCGUGGAGUUAAAAUAACAAUGUCUUUCAUGAUUCAACAUUAUAAUACAAUACUUAAUUAUUUUAGAGAUUAUAAUGUAAUAAAGAGUAUUUUAAUCGGUUUAGUAGUUCAUGUAACUACUACAGAUUUAAUCGAAGAAUUUGAAAAAUUUGUACAGAAGCUUGAUAAAGAAUUGAUACCAAUUAAAGAAACUAAUAAUUGUUUGGAACCAUAG